CUGAGUCCACUGGCGAGAAAAACGCGUCACAGUUUACAAAAAUAGUUUCAGCUAUUUCGGACUGGCACUUUGAAAAUGUCUGCCGAACUGAAAAUUAGGAAUCGCGAAAAUAUCUAGGAAUCUUAACAAAAAGAAAAAAUAGUGGCAGUGAGUGAUUUUUUUUUGGUAUUUUUGGUGGAAUUAGUGAUUGUUUUUAAACGCCAUUUUCAACAUCAGAAUUUUUAAGAAUUUCUUAAAGAGCUAUGCCAGCAGGUAAAGAAAGUGAUAAUGAUACUGGUACAGUGAAACGAACAACUUUUAGACCACCAUGGGUUAAGGAAGGUCCAUCGCCGUUGCCGACGCCAACAGCUCCAUGGACACUUAAAACCCCUCCUAGAAGAGAUAGUAAUACAAGCACAGAUGGAUCAGAAAAACAAGAUUAUAAUCCCUUGGCUGAGGUUCAGUUGAAACCGACCAAAAUUAACAAAAAACCCCCAACGACAGAGGAAAACGGCGAAGAAGGUGUAAGAAAACACAAACUUUUAGCUGGUGUUCAAUUAAAAAAAGUGAAAAAAAAUGAACCGAAAGAGCCGCAAGAAAAUGGCGCUAAAGAAAGUUUUUUCCAAAAACCCGCUCUUAAACCGGUACCACAAAGAGAAAAAUCGCCACCCAAAAAGGAUUACAAAUUACAUAAUCUACCAACUUUACAAAAAGCUUCGGAAAGGGUAUUGAAAAGUCCACCGAGAAAGCCUUCUUUGGCCAGGAGUGACACGUUAACUUCGGACGAAGAAGGAGAAGCCGAAAUUGAUAAAGAGGUUCCUAAAAAACGAAACGCUCUGGUUCGAGAGGCGUCUAUGAGAAAACUUUCACAAUCGAAUAUCCCAGCACCGCCUCCGUUACAACCAGGUAUGCCACCGCCUCCGCCUAUGAUGCCGGGUGAGAUACCCAAGAAGCCGUUAACGGAGAAGCAAAAAUCUAAAUUAAAUAAAUUGAGAUCCCGUGCUAAAAAUAGACCGGAUUGGAACAAUCUUUUACAAGAAAUUGAGUCGAAGAAAACUCUAAAACACGUGGUAUGUAAUGACAGAUCCAAUCCAUUAUUACCUGAAGCGAAAAGAGCCGACGAACAUUUGAUAUAUAAAAGUGAAGAACCCAAUGUCCAUAAUGAAUUACUCAAACAGAUCGAGAAAGGAAUAUGUCUCAAAAAAGUUAAGACGAAUGACAGAAGUAAACCAUGUCUUGAUGGCCUGAGAAAAUUCAGAAGGCAGAUGACUAUUGAGGAACAAAUUCAAAAAUCCAUGUCGAUGGCUAGUAUACAUCCAGAUGAAAUAGCAACAGAUGAAAUAGACGAAAUGGAUGACAUUGACAAAGUUAGAGAUGAUCUUCAGAGCACAAAACAAAUGCUGGCGUUGGAAUUGAGAAAUAAAGAAGCACAGGAAAGGGAAAAUAAGAGGUUGUUGGCUAGAAUUAUGAAUUUACAAGCUGAAUUAGAAAAGGAGAUUAGUAAAAAUGCAACUAGUGGCAAUACAGCUUCAAGCGGCGCUGCGGAUGAAAAGGUGAUACAAGGUUUAAAAAAAGAAGUAGAAGAAGCGAGAAAAACUUCACAAGAUUUGGAAGCUAAAUAUACGCAAACAGCUGAAGAGCUAGAUACAACGAAAGCUAAAAUGGAAGAAUUGAAACGACAGAAUCAAAUGUUAGAAAGAAAAUUACAAGACGCCAUGAUGGGAGAUAAGAAUAGCUGUACGACUGUAGGAUUUUGGUUUGAGUCUGACGAUGAUUAUUGGAAUUUAGGUAAAGGUAUUUCGCCAUCUGAUCGUAAGCAAAGUGCUACCGGAGAAGGAAGCGACGAUGAAUUCGAAGACGAAGAACCGGAAGAAGAAAGCGACGGAGAAGACACAGAAGAAAAGAGAGAAAAGAGAUUGGCUAAAGAAGUGAAGGUGUUGAGAAAAAAAUUACAGAGUUUGAAGACUAAAGAAGACAACGCCAAAAAAGAACGAAUAGCUCUGAGAGAGAUAAUAAAGAAACACCACGCGGAAAUGAAGGAAGAAAAGAAGAAAUAUAAACAAUUGAAAAAAGAAGUCGACAAAAUGGCUGCGUUGAUGAAAGAUACCGACGACGACGAGGAAGUCGAAGAAGAGGAAGAAAAAGAAGUAGAAGAAGAAGAAUCCGAGGAGGAAGAAGAAAGUACCGAAGAAGAAGAAUCGGAAAGUGAUAGCGACGAUACUGAUUCGGAAAAAAGUCAGAGCGAAGACGAAGACGCUCCGGCGGAUAAAAAGAAAACGAAUUUAACAGCCAGAACUAAACGACAUGAAAACAUAUUGAACGCACUCAAAAAAGGAAACUUUUUACUAAAAACAAACGCCGAACGGUUACAAGACGAUUUGAACAAACAGAAGGACAUGACGGCCGGUUUACAAGAAGACUUAGAUUCAGUUUUAUCCGAAUUGGGAUAGAAUUUUGUAAAUUUUUAUGAAUGUAUGUUAAUAUUAUGUAUAUACUUGUUAAGUGUACGGCUCAAGGUUGAUUUUUUUGGUUGAAAUACAGAGUUUUUCAUUCAUUAUUUCAAUAUCUGAAUUUUUUUUCUGGUUAGUUUUGGUUCGUUGGACCAAUUCAUUAUAAAUGUUUUGGUGUGUCACUGGGUUUGAUAAACGAUUUGAAAUUAUACGAGGGCAGAAAGUUCUUUGACAUGUUUUUAUCCUGCCACGGAAAAUUCUCCACUUGGAUAUUUGGUAGUAUACAUUUUAUAUUGAAAUAUUUUGUUUUGUGUAGUAAGGAAACAUAUUACAAAGGUUGUUGCAGGCCAUUCAAGAUAUUUUCUCCCAAUCCGUUUUCUGGGAAUUCGUUAUUUAAGAUAAUUACCUCAUAGCUCUGUGAUAUGAAGGAUCUUAUUGGAAACAGAGCUCAUUUUUUGAAAACCCAUUUUCGAUCAUAUCUUUGAGAGCAGUGUCUUCUUAUAAUUAUAGUAAUCGUCCACUAGAUGUCAACUUGCAGUCAACUCUUUGGGAAAGGAUAUCAUCAACAUUUCAAUUCGAAGAAACUAAGAACGACCCAUAGAGGAAAGUUCCAAGGGCCCAGGCUUAGCCCAGCUAUGUAGAACACUGGGCCAAGCUUGUAAGCCAGGCUUAGCCCAGUCUUUGUAAACCUCUGGAGUGAUAACGAUGGGCAAAACUUGGCCAAGCUUGGUCAUCAAGACUGGACCAUACUUAAAUGCAAGGGCUGGGCCAACCUUAACUGCCAGAACUGAGCCAAGGUUAAAUACCAAGACUUAUUCAUUACAUAACUUUUUCUUCUUCAUAUUUACUGCUAUUACUUUCUAAAUUAUUAUUACUACUACUGUCAAAAUCAGUAAAAUUUAUAGAAUCAUUAUCCAAAUUAUGAUUAUUAAACGCUUGUAGAUUGCCCAAGUCUGUAUCACUAUCGUUAACCUCACUCACAGAGCUGAUUUUCACAUUCAAAUGAUUUAAGCUUUGCCCGUUCACAAUUGAGUUAGUUUUUUUCUCUAUACAAUGCACUCCGUCUUUGAACUCGAAGAUAAGCAGUAAACAUGGUUACUUUUAGUAGUAAUAAAUAAUAAAAAAUGUGAUAAGAAACACACCCACUGAAUAAACUAGAGAUCGGAUUGAUCAGACCCGUAAUAAACAAAAGUUUGGCUGCCGACGGGGUGUUGGUUGAACAUAGUCGAACCACGCCGUAAGUGACCGAACAGCCGAAGCUUGGGUCCCCAAUGAAUGAGGCUGGAAUAUCCAGGCUUGGCCCAAGCUUUGGUAAUCAUUAGUAUGGCCGAAGCUGAGUUAAGUAGCCUGACGCAUGGACCAAUACAGAUACGCCGAAGCUAGGCUUCCCUCAGGAUUUGCCUAGGCUUGGCUCUGGGGUUUCCUGUACGGGGAGGAAACCUUGCCUGGAUAAUCAGCUUCCUUUUGGUAGCAUCCCUCUUUCACAGAACUAAAGAAUCGUCGUUGACUUGUAAAGAAAGCUUUGGUUCAAAUCCUACAAUUUUUCUCCUAGUGUUGAAUAUAAACUUGACAGUAUUUGUGUUUAGUCUAAGUCACAUUUUCGCACGUCUGCAGCUAUAUGACUGGACCAAUUCCUGUUUAUUCCUGAAUCAGCAGCUAAGAGAUUUUUCUAAAGCAAAUUCUGAUCCUGUAAUUAUGUAGUUAAGAGUGGUAUCAUAAGUCACAUUUUCUGGUGAAAAAAUAAACAAACAACCACAGAAUUCCGAUGUUUUAGCUUGUAGAUCCUAGUCGUGUUUUUAUAGUACGAUAAAACAGGCUUCAGUUCAGGCUAAAACCUCUUCAUUGGUGCGAAAUUUCUGUCUAGCGAGCAAUCUCUUGAGGUACGAGUACAAGAAAAAGUCGCAGGGGACUAGAUCUGGAGAAAAUGGUGGAUGCGGGAGCAACUCGAAGCUUAAUCCAUGUAAAUUUGUUAUGUUGCAUAGUUUUUUUCUUCAGAUCGGGCAGUUUUUCCUUGAAGGUUCUAAUAACGCCGCGUAAUAGUCGCUGUUUGAGGUUUUUCCCUUUUUAAUAUUGUCUAUGUCAUAAGUUUGCAAGUCGACUUAUGAGUCAUCCCGCGGUUUGGAGACGGUUCAUUAUGUGCAGUCCACUCAGUUUUUUAUCCAUUUAACUGACAAAUUUCGAUUUAUCUUGAUCGAUAAGCUCUAAAUUGGUUGUGUUUGUGAGCUCUUGCGGUAUCUACUUUGAACAGCGCUUCUUCUUACCCAUCUAUUAAUUCAUGAUAUGUCUAACAAGUUCCUUUGAGGUCUUUAGAGUCUCAGCUAUCUCAAACAGCUUAACUCUGAGGCUAAUUUUUGUCGUUAAAAGCUUCUUUGGAGCGUCAUCUGCGCUCAGCUCGUUUCGUUUAAAUUAAUUCUUAUCUUUUGAUUUUCCUGGUGCAGGAUUUUCGAAAAUCUCGUUAAUCUAUUCACGUGUUAGUUGUAGAUUUCUAAUAUUCCAGUGAUUUAUCAUAUUUUAUAAAAAAUUGAAAUGAAUAUUAACUCUGUAUUAAUAGUUAACGCGAUCUUUGAAAUUGAAGCAUAUAAUGCACAAAAACGCUUUUUUACCGAUUUCACAAUUAUUUAUACUACUUACAAUUACAAUAAUUGCUUGAAUCGCCAAGCUCGGUGUUUUUUUAAAGUCUAGGAUAAAAUAUUUCUGAAAAUUGAGUGACGAGGAGUAAAAUGUGAAUAGAAAUUCCAACAUAAAAGUUGGGAAAACAAGUUUUUAGAGCUAAAACCUUCAAAAAAAUAUGAGUAACAUUUUUUUUACCAAUUUCACGAUGAAAAGUCGCUGGAGGACAGAUCUGGAGAAUACAGUGGAUGCCAAAGAAAUUUCAUGUCUAAUUUAUGCGAUCGCUUUAAUUGAUUAGUGACACAGUGACACAUCUUGAUGAAACAGCACUUCUUUUCUAUUCAUGUAUAAUAAAUACAUCUCAGUUUAGGCAAGCUUUUACUUUUACAACUUCAGAAUGUUAUAUUUCAUAAAAUGAUAGUCAGAAAAUGUAGAUUCUUCCUCAACAUUCUAAGGUAAUAUAGAAGAUUUAUUUAACUGUCUCCUAUAAAAAAAAUUAACGUAUUUUUUCCAUUUUUCGAUAAAUCAAGUGUCUUGAAUGUUUCUUCGGCUGUCGUCGACAAUAACUAUUGCUACCUGACGUUUCUUCAAUUCCUACGACUGACAUCUUCAAUUGCCGAGUCAGAAACUCGUUGGGUUUAUUUAACUAGAAGGAAUAAAGAAAUUUCCAUGUAGAAUAUGAUUUAUUUAAGGAUUGGCCCUGAUAUACAUGGAUACCGAUUUGACAAGAUACAGAACGAGCUCAAAAGCUCAGACCACGCGGUGCUCCAACACCUACUAGCCUUUCUCAUACAUUCUUCGAUAUCGGAAAUCUGAGGUUUCAUUCCCAAGAUUGGCAAAUACUCUACUAAAGCAGAAUCUUACCGUCUAAAAUCACUUAUCAGCAUCGAGAAUAAAGUCUUUGAAAGUUUGAUCAAAGAACUUGUGUAUUGAGCAUUAUACGAUUCCAAAUUUUCCAUUCGGAUUCAAGUUCGAACUCCCAAGCACUAUCUUUACCUAAACACUGUGCUACCGUCAAUUUUAUGGAUAUCCAGAGAGUUUUCGAUGAGGUCUGGCUCUUGAACUUGUUAGUCACCUUUCCAUGAAUGUCAAAAUCGGUAAUUCAUACUCAAGCUCCUUGAUACCUCUUAGAAACGGUCUAAUCUCCCAAAUUCGUUCUCAAAUUCGUAUCUGAAAUGGAGAAUGAUUCUCGAAAUUCUCAAAAAACAAAAGCCAUCAACUUCUACCAUGUGGUUUUCGCUUAUUCUUUCUGAAGAACGUCAGAAGUUCUGCGGAGAAGUCGUUUAAUUAGGAAUACGAAUACAGGAAGGACUCAAUCAACUAUUUACUACGUCAAAAUCGUAAAUUGAGAUGUUUUUUUAUUAACAUCCUGUAUCUAUGGUUGAUUAACAGUUUUUUCAAACUUUUUGUUUGAAUUGAAAAAAAUUUAUUCAACAUUUUACGUUUUACUUCUCGUUUUUUUUUUCUAUAAUCACACUGUACUUUAUAUCUGACGUUUUUUUGAAUAAUUAUAAAAUCAUCAGAA